AUGUCUGAUCCUUCUUCAACCUCUAAACAAAUGCUCACUACUCUCAGCGAAAUUGAACCUAUUGCUUUUUACUCUCCUUCAGCAGUAGAGUCCAGAUCUAGAGCUCCUUCAAGUUCUCAGAAAGACACUCCUGACAACCCCUUAUAUUCCAUAGAUCUGAAUAGCACUAGUAAACCUACUGGACCUGCAAGUGAAGAACUGGUUAUCGAAAGACUUGCAAUGAUGAGAGAAGAAGCUAGGACUGAGCAAAAUGAGGCUUUACAAGGUGAAGAGGUAAGAGUCACUCAACCCAUUUUUGAUAAAACUCCAAAUUUUGGGAGAUAUCCUUCUUCUGACUCCUCAGAUUCUGAAAGUGAUGAGGAACCCAUUAAAUGGAAGGUUGAAAGAAGGGAGGUUGGAGUGUCUAGAAAGGGAAAAGAAAAGGUAGUGGAAGAGGCUCCUAGAAGAAGACCUACUACUAGGUCUGAUGCUAGGAAGUUGAUGGCUGAUGCCUUAAAGGCUAGUGCAAGAUCUACGGCUGAAAUUAGGAGUGCCAGAACUUUUAAAGUCUCAAACUUUAGAAUGCCUGAAUCUGGUGUCGUUGAGGUGUCUGCUGAAGAAAUGGAAAAGAAAAAUGAGAAGAAAAAGUCUGGAAAAACAAAGUCAAAGGAUCCAAAGAAAGUUGAGAAAAAAAAACCCAAUAAGAAGAGUUCUGCAGGAAAACGAAAGAGAUCACAGGUACCUGGUACCCAACAGAGGAGUGAAGAGGAGGUCAACAUGGAGGAAAUUGUUGACAACUUGAGAAAGCAGGCUGUGUUGGCUGGAAGAGUCUUUGACAUGGGAAUCAUCAAUUUUCCCGGCAUGGACUCUCUUCAUGACAUGGUGGAAAUUCAAUCAUGGAUGCAUCUAUUCAACAAGAAAUCUCCUAUUCUCUAA